AUGGCUCAUUCUUCUUAUUCUUCUUGGCCUUUCUCAGGCCUGUCAUUGAUUCUACUGCUUCUGCUCACACAUUUCAAUGAUUGUGACUCCCACCCAAUCAAAUCAAAGGCAACUAAUGCACAUCUUCCAGGGACUGCUUGGUAUAAGCAAGACUUUUGGAAGUACCUUGGUGCAAAUGUCACUCUAGUUUCAGAAAAAAUAUACAGAGAUGGAUUGGCAUGUGGUAGUUGCUUACAGGUGAAAUGCAUUAAUCAGACUCGUUGCACAGACAACAAUGUCAAUUUGGUGGUGGUGGGUUAUGGUAAUGCAGGAGAAAAUGAUCUUCUUAUAAAUUGGGAUGGUUACAGACAAUUCUUCCCUAAGGAUAUAAAUUUCCAAGUGCCAGGGAUUAUUGACAUUGUCUACCAAAGAGUGCCUUGCCAAUAUCCUUACCACAUAACCAUUUGGGUGGAACGUAGCACCCCAUCUUUCCUGCAGCUUGUGUUUUGGUAUGUGGGGGGCAGCAGAGAUAUAGUUGCAGUCCAACUUAGAGAGGAGAAGGAGAUGAAUUGGAGAGAUAUGAAGCGUAGAAAUGGAUCUCCUGUGUGGUGGAUAAACUUUUGGCAUGCAUAUGGCCGUUCUCUAAGGGAUAAUGUUGUUGUUCGUUUUAAUAUGAGUGAGAGCUCCAGUUGUGGAUGGACGUAUGCUUCAACUGUCAUACCAUUUUCUGAUGCAAAUGCUUGGUAUGCUGGAGCUAAAUAUGAUUCUGGGUUUCAGCUUAGUUAG